CACUGUUGGCCUAGAAUUUGUAGGAUUGGGCGGGAUUUUGACUGUCUUUGAAGUCUUUGAAGUGUCUGUCAUCAUUGGCAACCUCGGGCACAGCGCCAGCUCCAUCGCUGGGUCUACGAAUAUACAGAUUAGAGCAACUGAAGUCGAGUGAAAAAUGGAAGAACAUCCUGGAGGAGCCCAGCAUCUUAAGAAGCCCCAUGUGCCCAAAUCUGAGAAGAACACCUCUCUGAUGAAGGGCUUAACCCCAGGUCAGAAGAGAUACCUCUACAGUGUGAUGGCAGUGUAUGAGACCAAAGGUCAACUUCAAGCACUACAGAGGAGAUAUCUUCAUAGCCUUCAAAUGCACAGACAGCUGGGUCACCUAACUGCAGAGGAAGAAAAACAAUUUGCUUGCCGGAUACAGUCGUCACAGACCAGAGGCGGCAGCUCUCUGAAAGACAAGAAGUAAAUAACUUUGGGUACAAAAGAAGAUGGAAACUGUUUAAUCAAGGGAAGAUCACAGAAGAUUUAGCUGAAGCAAAUAUCCAGAGGGUUGAAGUGUAACCUUGAAUUGUAUUAUGUUGUUUGGAAAUAAAUUGAAAAGUGCAAGCUAUGAUCAAAAAAUA